GCUGCUUAAGGAUGUGAGGCGUUGUUAUUUAAGAAUGGAAGAGGAUACAGACUUUAGAAUCAGGUUUAGUUCUUUGUGUUUCUUUACUGAUCAUGUUGGAUUUCAUGGCACUAUAAAAAACUCACCAAGUGACUUUGUUGUGACUGAGAUUGAUGAACAAGGAGAACUAGUUUACAAGGCCACUGAUGAACCUAUUUGUAAAUUAAGUGAGUUAUCACCUGAGCUAAAUAAUUCUGUUAAAAAAGCAAAACUUGAUCUUCAAAAUAUAUCCAUUGAAAGAAAAAAUAACCCAGAAGUCAAUUCUUUGACUGAGCUAUCUGCUGUUGACCAAAAUCAUCAUUCUGGUUCUGAAAAGGAAGACACUAUCAAUGAUAUAACUACAAAAGGGGAAGAAGAAAAUGUUGAUUUAUUAGGCUCUUUAUUAGAUGAAAAAAUGAAUGAAUUACUGAGUCAGUUUGCUUGUGAUGUAAAAGAGAAAUGGGAAUCUAAAACGGAACUACUUAGGCCAUCUCCUGAAUUCUCAUUAGGCAGAAUCCUUGAUAAAAACCAGAGGGCUCUUUUGCAUAGUGCUAUUAGGCAGAAAUUUCCUUUUUUAAUAACUGUAGGAAAAAACAGUGAAAUUCUUGUAAAACCAAAUCUUGAGUAUAAAGAGCUCUGUCACUUGGUAUCUGAAGAAGAAGCAUUUGACUUUUUUAAAUAUUUGGAUGCAAAGAAAGAAAAUUCUAAAUUUACCUUCAAGCCUGAUACAAACAAAGACCACAGAAAAGCUGUCCAUCAUUUUGUCAACAAGAAGUUUGGAAACCUUGUGGAAACCAAAUCUUUUCCUGAACUGAAUCAUGAAGGUGGUAAUCCAAAUGUAGUGAUAACCGUAAGAUUUCGGGAUAAAGCACAAAAGCAAAGGAAAAGGUCUCUUCUUGAAGGCCAGGAAAGGGAAGUUACACACACAGCCUUUACCCUACGGAAAGAAAAUCUGGAAAUGUUUGAAGCAGUUGGUAUUUUAGCUGUCAAACUUGGUGUAAUUCCUUCAGAUUUUAGUUAUGCAGGCCUUAAAGACAAGAAAGCCAUCACCUAUCAAGCAAUGGUUGUUAGAAAAGUGACUCCAGAGAGGUUGAAAAAUAUUGAAAAAGAAAUAGAAAAGAAAAGAAUGAAUGUGUUUAAUAUUCGGGCUGUAAAGGAUUCCCUUAAACUUGGUCAGCUCAAAGGAAAUCACUUUAAUAUUGUCAUCAGAAAUUUAAAAACCCACAGAAAUGAUUCUGCAAAUUUGAGAGAGAGAAUUUUGGAGGCAAUAGGCAAUGUUAAGAAUAAAGGAUUUGUGAAUUACUAUGGACCACAGAGAUUUGGAUUGGGAAGGAAAGUUCACACAGACCAAAUCGGAUUGGCUUUGCUGAAGAAUGAAAUGGUGAAGGCUGUAAAAUUAUUUCUUACACCAGAAGAUGUGGAUGAUCCUGUAAAUAGAGCAAAGAAAUAUUUCCUUCAAACUGAGGAUGCUAAAGGCACUCUAGCACUGAUGCCUGGAUUCAAAGUUCGAGAGAGAGCGAUAUUGGAGUCACUGCAUCGCUUUAGCAUGACAGAAGAGGGUUGUAUCCAGGCCUGGUUCUCUUUUCCUCAUUCUAUGCGCAUAUUCUACAUUCAUGCAUAUAGCAGCAAAAUUUGGAAUGAGGCUGUGUCAUACAGACUUGCAACGUAUGGCUCAAGAGUGGUGAGAGGCGAUUUGGUCUGUUUGGAUGAAAGUAUUGAAGAUGAGCAUUUCACGAACAGUAAAGUUCAUCUGGUAACUGAAGAAGAGGAAUCAGCUAAUACAUAUGCCAUACAUCAGGUGGUUCUUCCAGUGCUUGGCUACAAUAUUCAGUUCCCAAAGAAUAAAGUAGGGCAGUGGUACCAGGAAACACUUUGCAGAGAUGGAUUACAAACAUGUAGAUUUAAAAUACCAGCUCUGAAACUGAAUGUUCCAGGAUGUUAUCGACAGAUUUUGAAACACCCCCAUAACCUUGCCUACCAACUAACAGAGGAACUUGCUAAUGAUACCAGAAUAGAAGGUGCCUCUCUGAGUGAAGCAACUUUGUCACUUUUGAUCUCUUUUGACCUUGAAGCUUCAUGCUAUGCUACGGUUUGUCUAAGGGAAAUAAUGAAACAUGACUUUUAAAACCAAUAUUCUUGUGUAUGUCACUCUUUAAACAAAUGGUAUCUAUGAUUUCUUGAGUAUUUACUGUGUGAUAGGAGGUUUAUCAUUGUUAUCCUUUCACUAUACAACAUCCUGAUGAAAUAGAUUCAAUGUUAACAUUCCAGAAGACAGAGCUCCUUAGUAAGUGGCAGUGUCUGAAUGUAAGACUCCAGAGCCCAUGUUCUUCAUAUUCUCUGAUGUUUCAGUUAUUUUGUAUCUGUGCUAUAAAAAGUUACAGUCUUAAGGCCACCCUGGUGGUGUAGGGGGGUCAAGCCUCAGUGCUAUCACCACUAUUGC